UCAAAUGAUUCGUGAACGCUGAGUUUGACUGGCUGAGUUUUGGUUACAUCAAGCGGAUACGGGAGUGUCGCUGACUUGAAUUAAAAAACACAUCGGUGGCGUGUUUCACUCGGUUUUCAGUUGUGUUUUGGGUAGGACUAUAUAAGAGGGCGGUGAAGUCUGCUCAGUUUUCAUCAAGGGUUUUUUGCGCUGACCCUACUACUGCGUAUUCGGCAUGUUCCUCGACUUAAGUAUACAUCAAUUCAUCAUACCAACAAGUGGACUGUCCAUUGUUGCAUUCCAGCCUUGGUUUGAUUUCCAUUGAUGUGAAUGUGAGGGGAAAACAAGAUGGACUCGUCGCGUUAAAGGUCCACUCAAGGGAAAUUUGCGGGGUUUGUUUUAAGGUGACAUUUCAACAGAGCAAGGCUGUGAUAAAGUGAAGACGCUUCUUAAGACACUUGGAGUGAAUUGCGGUAAGAAUAAGAUGCUGCUGAAAGACUUGGAGUGAAUUGUGGUACGAUGCUCCUAGAUGAUAACUCAAACAUGAACUCAAGUCUGUAUCACGAUGACGGAGAAAGUCCCAAGGAGGAUCUGACUAUCUUCGUCUAUUACAUUUUCGGGAUUCUUCUCCCGAUGUCGCUCUUCAUCUGCACCGGGAAUCUCUUUGUCAUCGCCGCGGUGUGUAGCAGUUCAGCCACGCUGCUCCUACAGCAGACUACCAAUAAAUUCAUAGCGAGUCUGGCCGUGGCUGACUGCCUGGUCGGCAUGUCGCUCGUCCCCGUCUUCUACCUCGGUAUUCUCGCUGAAUCCCUGAAGACGGACUUUUACUUCUGCCUGGUGAUCGUCAUUUGGAUUCAGGUGUCUUGCGGUAUCUCCAUGCUGCACGUACUGUGUAUAGCAUUCGACCGUUUUCUCGCCGUUAUCUUCCCGUUGGUUUAUCACCAACUGAUGACAACUCGCCGGAGCACCGUUAUGAUCGUAACAACGUGGUUGGUCACAUCAAUUGUCGGCCUGACCCCAUUCAUGGGUUGGAGAAGACCGGUCAAAACACUCCAUUUCUGUUACAUUGAUCAGGUCUUACAUUUCGCCUACUUCUUUCUCUCCUUCAUGCUGACAUUCGCGAUUCCUUUAGUGCUCAUGGUGAUUCUAUACGCUCAGAUUAUUAUCGCAGCUCGCCGUAACAUCCGACGCAUCAACGCCAUCGUUGAACCGACCACAGCGGCCAAAAACAACCCAUCCAGGUCUACGCGAGCCAUUAACAUGAAAGCCACCAAAACCACGGCCAUCGUUGUUGGGGCGUUCCUGUUCUGCUGGCUGCCGAUUUACAUCUAUAACUUCACCAUGGAGUACCUCAACUCCCAUCGAGACCCCGGCUCGGAUACCAUUCGCUUCCCCAUGAUCGAGGCCGUCUUGCACACGCUGGCGUUUGCUAACUCCGGGGUAAACCCCAUCAUAUACGCGUACCGCUACGCCGAGUUUCGGAGGAACAUUAAGAAAGUCUUGAAGAGAGCUCUCACGUGUAUGGUAUGCUGGAAAGAAGAUGGGCCCCCUUCGAGCAGAACAUCGAGGACACUUGUUAAUUUGGACCAAAUAACAAUUAGUCCAACAACAACCACGGUACAGGGUGGGUCGUCUGUGCAAUCGAACCCCAUGUAUGUGGUCCAACUGUGACAGACAGAACUUACACUAAACCCUCUAAAAAAACACCUGGGUCGGCAGAAUUCACCCGGAGUCUGUGUCUCGGGGAACCAGGAGAGCUGCUUAAAGCAUAACAAGUAGCCUAGCACAAUCAAAAGACCGUUUUACGUCAUGUACAAUAUGUGGCUGGUAUAAAUUUGCUUAUUUUUGUCGAGCAGCCAUAUUUUGAACAAUAUUUCUGGGUCAGGCUGAUGCCGUAUACAGUGUAAUAUUUACUAUUAACCUCCAGGAGAUCUGCGUCAAAAUAACCCAUUUUGGGGUCAUUUAGACACAGAUACCAGGGUCCGGGCCUCUCUUAAUUCUUAACGUAAACGAGUUUUGAAAAAUCACUCUUUUUGUCCGCCAUACCAUUCUCGGAAAGAGCCGUAUGACGGACGACUCUUUUCAGAGUGAAUGUCCGGUAUUUUCCACACGAUUUAGAGUUUCAUAAAAACAGUCUUCACACAAUA